UCAAUAAAUGUAGUGUUCUUAGCUUCAGUAGUAAGAAGCUUGUGUCAUCGCUGAUUAUAUUCCUGGAUCUCUUAAUAAUAUAUAUAUAUAUCAAUCGAACAUAAGAUAAACAUUACAUAAGAUGAAUGAAACAUUUUCCAAUGAGUCAGAUAGAAGUAAGGUUGGCGUACAAACAGUUAAGAUAUUGUUGAAUCGUGGAGAUCAAUGGGUAUACCUUGCAGUAGGUCUUGUUACACUGUUCAUCGCAGUUGGUUGUGCAGGAAAUGUUAUGGUUUUGUUAGCAGUUAGGAAAGUAAAGAAACUGCAAACAGUAUCAAAUAUCUUUGUGUUGAACCUGUCUGUGUGUGAUUUGCUCAUAGUUGUAUGCGUAUUACCCUUUAAUAUAUAUACAUAUAUUGCUGACGGAUGGUUUACAGCGACGUAUUUAUGCAAAUUUAUAGGAUUUCUAGGAUACACAUUAUCAGGGACGACGAUUAUAACGAUAACUAUGAUAGCAUACAAUCGAUAUAAACUAGUACUGGACCCAGGUGGCUAUAUGACAUUGUAUACAAACCGGAACAUCACUUUCAUGUUAGUAGUUGCUUGGUUUGUACCAGUCAUUUGUUUAAUUCCGGCGCUAACAGGCCUUUGGGGGAAUUUCGGUUAUGUUGCCAUGAUGGUCUCCUGUAAUUUAUUACUGGAUCACAAAAAUCAACUUUUUAAAAUAUUUCUAAUGAUUAUCAGAGCGGUGAUUCCAUGCGGACUUAUCGUCUAUUACUAUGUGAGAAUAUAUCAUACCACUUUAAGAAGUCAUCAUCGUUUAACACAAAACAGUCGACAACUUUCGUCGCUUGAUAUUCAUAACCAGCGAAGAGAAAUGCGCAUGACCAGAAUGAUGUUGAUGAUUUUUAUAGUGUUUGCUCUUUCAUAUUUUCCAUGUACAAUCACCGGCAUUGUGGACUGGAAUACAGUUUUAUCGAAGCAGUUUCACAUGUUUUGUCAGUUAUCUUUAUUCAUAGGAAGCGCUAUCAACCCUCUCAUAUAUGGAUUGAUGAAUUUGCAGUUCAGAAAUGCCUAUAUCCGAAUAUGUUGUUGGACGAAACGAUCAGAAACGGAACUGAAAUCAAAGACACUUAAUCGCAUAUGAUCUAAGAUACAAUAUUCUUAUCUGGAGACUAACAAAACUUGUCUGACAUACUUUGAAUAAAUGAGAUGAAAUUAAUAUAUAUGUCCCUGAAGAUAAACUUUAGAAUUAGCAAUGCAAAAUAUCGGUCAUGUUUGUAGUCAUUGCGAAAGGUAAAUAUAUAAUACUUCUGUAAAAUAUAUCGAACAAGUUGUUUGAUAUGUCUGUUGUCGAAAUAAAAACAUACAA